UCGCAUGAAAUCUGGUUUGACCUUCUCUAAUGCUAUUAGAAAAAGGCACGAGUCGUUCUACGCUUAGAAUCACCUGUACAGUACGAUUAGUGGAGUUAUCUUAGUUGGGCGCAUUUCGUUUCAGGAAAAUUUUCAGAAAAUUGGACAUAGUUUUUGACGAACGUGCACCAAGUAACAAUCGACAUGAAGUUCGCGAUUUUCGUUUUGGGUGUUUUCGCCUACUCAGCCAUCGUUUCAGCUCGUCCGAAUGAUAUUAAAAAUGUUUUCGUCGAAGAUAAUGAAAUUCCAGCCGAUAAAAAAAUAUUGAAAAAAGGAGUCUCAGCCAGUUUCGGAGGAUACCAAGCAUCAGCUGGACUCGGUGGAGGUCCCGGUGGCGGUGGAUUAUUCGCCUCAGCCGGUAUCCCCGAAGCCGGAGCUAGUGCCGGAGUCGGUGGUUACGGAAACGCCGGAGCUUCAGCCGGAGCUUCAUCUGGUUUCGAUUACGGCCAGCAAAGACCACCACUUCAAAAUGGAAAUGGAAAUGGAUUUUUCGACCGUAUCUUCGCCAUUCCCAUCAACGUCCUCCAAUCAGUCAACGAAUACGUUAAAACCAAAGGUAAAGGUACUCGUAAAUCUCAACAAGGUCAAGGAGUAUACAUUGAAAAUGGUUCAGGAAGCGCCGGAGCAACCGCUAGUCAAAAUGGAGUAGCCGCAGCCAGUGCUAGUAUUGGUGGUACUCCAGAUUUCAACACCAGAUUCGCUGGUGCUGGUAGCUCCGAAGAAGCUUCUGUUGCUUCAUCUCAAGCUUCUGCAUCAGCCGGAGCUUAUGCUGGAAGCAGCGCUAGCGCCGGAGUUGGAUCUCCUAGUGGUUUCAGACCAGCUGGACCCGGUGGAAAACCAGAUUAUGACAGAAUUUUCAACAUCCCAAUUUCAGCAUUGAAAUCGGUCAAUGACUUCUUGAACGGUUAAUCAAAAUUUUCCGAUAAUUUUCUUCUUUUAUUUAUUCAUUAAUGUUUCUCUCUCUGUCUCUCUUUCUUUUCAUUUGUUUCUUAUACGAUUCAUUAUAAGUUUAAAGAAAUAGAUGUGAUAUUUUUUUUUUCAAUUUUAUACAUUUUAAUUUUAUGUGAUAGCUUAUGUUAUUUUUUGUGUAUUGUAAGCGAUCUUGUAUCCUUCAAAUGUGUAUUAUAGAGGUAAUAGGUACCUUUUAUUGAUACUUUUCGAACUUCCGCAAAUCCAGGACAAUCAAAUUUUUAUGUUACCUAUACGAUUUCAAGAUUGAAGUACAAAUGUAACUCGGCCUUAGGAUAAAUUGUACUCGUACUAUAUAUUCAAUAAAUGCCAUUUUUUUUUUA